AUGUUUACGGGUACGCUGCGGUUGAAGGUCUGCGAGGCGAUCGGGUUGCGACCGACGGACUUUCAGACGCGCCACACGAUGACAUUCGGCCGGCUCGGUGAUCAGCUCAUCGAUCCGUACGUGUCGAUAGACGUCGACGAAAAGUUUAUAGAUCGAUCCACCACUAAACCACGUACCUUCGAUCCGGUGUGGAACGAGAGCUUCAUUCACGAGGUAGAGGGCGCGAACGUGCUCGGGAUGACGAUCUUCCACGAGGGUCCCAUCACGGACGUGUUCGUGGCAAACACGACAAUACCGUUCGACGAUCUGGUGACACGCAACGAGUCCGAGCAGCAGGACUUCUGGGUGGAUCUCGAACCGCAGGGCCGACUGCACGUGAAGAUCGAUCUACGAUGGACGCAGGACGCGAACAAUGUUGUUGCCACGCAGAACUCGUGCCGCCGGGCUGUAGUCAAGGAUCAGCCAUUUUUAAAUCGCCGCCGCGGUGCAAUGAGAAGACGUGUUCAUCAGGUUAAUGGUCACAAGUUUAUGGCCACAUUCCUGCGUCAACCGACGUUCUGUUCCCACUGUCGUGAAUUCAUAUGGGGAUUAGGCAAACAGGGCUAUCAGUGUCAAGUGUGCACGUGCGUCGUCCACAAGCGGUGCCAUAGUUCGGUCGUAACCAAGUGUCCAAAGAAAAAAGAUGAGCAAACCAAACCGACACCAACGGAAGCAGCCCAACGGUUCAAUGUAAAUAUGCCACAUAGGUUUUCAGUGCACUCGUUCAAGCGGUUGACGUUCUGUGAUCACUGCGGGUCGCUGCUGUACGGUAUUAUCAGACAAGGACUCAAGUGUGAGGUGUGCAGCAUGAACAUCCACCGGCGCUGCGAGGGCAACGUGGCCAACAACUGCGGCAUCAACACCAAACAGCUGGCAGAGCUGUUGAACGAGAUGGGCAUCACCAUGGAUAAAACACCACCCCGUAGAUCUAAGGUAUGUUGGUGUGGCGUGUGUAGGCUGACUAUGCACAUUUUAACAUUACGAUACUUGUUUUUUUUUUGUUUUCGGAAACUGCAGUACUCCAACCAAACGCCUGGUGAUAAUUUAUCCAUGUCGGAACGCUCGGACGACACGUGCUCACUGGAUACGCUCUCGACCAAGAGCAGCGUGGACAGUGAAUUGGGUGCAGCGGGAGCUCACGCCAUGCAUGGUGGACGCGGCGGUGCCGGACAUACCUCAAAGUCCGGUGGGCCAGCUAUGGGUAUGCUCUUGAAUCUAGGCACCGACGAGGAUGGCAACGCACGCCCGAUGCCGGGCAAGGUGUGCCUGAACGAUUUCAACUUCAUCAAGGUGCUUGGAAAGGGCUCGUUCGGCAAGGUGAUGCUGGCAGAGAAAAAAGGCACUGACGAAGUGUACGCGAUCAAGGUGCUGAAGAAGGACGUGAUCCUGCAGGAUGACGACGUGGACUGCACGAUGACGGAGAAACGCAUACUGGCGCUGGCCGCCAAACAUCCGUUCCUGACGGCGCUCCACUCGUGCUUCCAGACGCCCGAACGACUGUUCUUCGUGAUGGAGUACGUGAACGGUGGCGAUCUGAUGUUCCAGAUUCAGCGUGCCCGCAAGUUUGACGAACCCCGUGCCGCUUUUUACGCGGCUGAGGUGACGCUAGCGUUACAGUUUCUUCACCGAAACGGUGUGAUCUAUCGCGAUCUCAAGCUGGACAACAUUCUGCUCGAUGCAGAGGGACACUGCAAGCUGGCAGAUUUUGGCAUGUGCAAGGAGGGUAUCGCUGGGGAUAAUCUGACGUCGACUUUCUGUGGAACACCGGACUAUAUUGCACCCGAGAUCCUGCAAGAGCUCGAUUACGGCCCCUCGGUCGACUGGUGGGCGUUGGGUGUGUUGAUGUACGAAAUGAUGGCCGGUCAGCCUCCAUUCGAAGCGGACAAUGAAGACGAUCUGUUCGAGGCAAUCCUACGUGACGACGUGCUGUACCCAGUGUGGCUAUCCCGAGAGGCAGUAUCUAUCCUAAAAGGAUUUAUGACCAAGAAUGCAGCGAAACGGUUAGGCUGCACAGACGGUGAAAAUCAAAUCCGUAGUCAUCCAUUCUUUAAGGACAUGGACUGGGAGGCGCUGGAGCAGCGCAAAGUUCGACCACCAUUCCGGCCACGAGUGCGAAGUGCUCGCGAUGCGCUGAACUUCGACACCGAGUUCACGAAGGAGGACCCUGUGCUAACACUGGUGCCGAACGACAUCAUUCGGUGCAUUAAUCAGGAUGAAUUUGCCGGAUUUUCCUUUACCAAUCCGGAGUUUGGGCCGGAGCGGAAAAUUGUCUGUUAG